GAGAGAGAGAGAGAGAGAGAGAGAGAGAGUUCAGAUCUAGAGAGAGAAAAAUCCAAGAAAAUGGCUUUGCUAGUUGAGAAAACCACUUCAGGCCGCGAGUACAAGGUGAAAGACAUGUCCCAGGCGGACUUCGGACGGCUGGAGCUCGAGCUGGCCGAAGUCGAAAUGCCAGGGCUAAUAGCGUGUCGGACCGAGUUUGGCCCAUCACAGCCAUUCAAGGGAGCCAAAAUCACUGGCUCCCUCCACAUGACCAUCCAGACGGCGGUGCUCAUCGAGACACUCACUGCCCUUGGGGCGGAGGUCAGGUGGUGCUCGUGCAACAUCUUCUCCACCCAAGACCACGCUGCUGCGGCAAUUGCCCGUGACAGCGCGGCGGUUUUUGCCUGGAAAGGUGAAACCCUCCAGGAAUACUGGUGGUGCACAGAGCGGGCCCUUGACUGGGGGCCCGAUGGUGGGCCAGACCUCAUCGUGGAUGACGGUGGUGAUGCCACUUUGUUGAUUCACGAAGGGGUGAAGGCCGAGGAAGAAUUCGCGAAAACCGGAAAGGUGCCGGACCCGAAUUCUACUGAUAAUGCAGAGUUUCAGAUUGUUUUGACGAUUAUUAGGGAUGGUUUGAAGACGGAUCCCAAGAGAUAUCACAAGAUGAAGGAGAGAUUGGUUGGAGUUUCGGAGGAGACCACGACUGGGGUUAAGAGGCUGUACCAGAUGCAGGCUAAUGGCACCUUGUUGUUCCCUGCCAUUAAUGUCAAUGACUCUGUCACCAAGAGCAAGUUUGACAACUUAUAUGGAUGCCGCCACUCGCUUCCUGAUGGGCUGAUGAGAGCCACUGACGUGAUGAUUGCUGGAAAGGUUGCAGUUGUAGCUGGUUAUGGAGAUGUGGGCAAGGGCUGUGCAGCUGCCUUGAAGCAAGCUGGUGCCCGUGUGAUUGUGACUGAGAUUGAUCCCAUUUGCGCUCUUCAAGCUCUUAUGGAAGGCCUCCAAGUUCUUACUCUUGAAGAUGUGGUCUCUGAAGCUGAUAUCUUUGUGACCACCACUGGUAACAAGGACAUCAUCAUGGUAGACCACAUGAGAAAGAUGAAGAACAACGCCAUUGUUUGCAACAUUGGUCACUUUGAUAACGAAAUUGACAUGCAAGGUCUUGAGACAUACCCCGGCGUGAAGCGAAUCACCAUCAAGCCCCAAACGGAUAGGUGGGUGUUCCCAGAUACUAAAUCGGGCAUCAUUGUAUUGGCCGAGGGGCGUCUCAUGAACUUGGGUUGUGCCACGGGACACCCUAGCUUUGUGAUGUCCUGCUCUUUCACUAACCAAGUGAUCGCCCAGCUUGAGCUGUGGAACGAGAGGGCAACUGGGAAGUAUGAGAAGAAGGUUUAUGUAUUGCCUAAGCACCUUGAUGAGAAGGUUGCUUCUCUCCACCUAGGAAAGCUAGGUGCGCGGCUCACCAAGCUCACCAAGGACCAGGCUGACUACAUCAGUAUACCAAUUGAGGGUCCUUACAAGCCCCCUCACUACAGAUACUGAGGGAAGAGAUAAUAUUCGAGGAAACAAGACGUUUGAGCGGCAUGAUGGUUUUUUUUUGUUAUAGUUCGAUUUGUGUGAGUUUAGUUCUGUUUUUUGAGGUUUUCUUGGUGGUUGGAAAGUUGGGAGGGAAGAGAAGGAUCCGUCUAUCUGGUUCAAGACCAAAUUGGGUUGAAUAAGGUUUGUUGUGGGGUUGUGUGAGAUAGUCAUUGUGGCUGCUUCAACUAGAGUUUUACUGCAUUUGAAUUUGAUUUUGUCGAUGAAAAAACUAAAAAAAAAAAAUGCCGUUUCAGUUCGUUUGUUCUUGCUGUGAAUCUAAUUUGCUUUAGCUAGUUUCUUUUAAGAAAAUAGCUGGUGAAUUCAUACCUACUAUAGUUGCCCCGGUUCCAUUCCUUCAGUUUUGUGAUGGUGAAAAACUUCUUCAAUGGGUAAAACAAGGGUCUACCUAUGGUUUGGAAAGUUAAUUUUCAGUAACACACCUCUAAUUUCUACCCAUCAUAGCAAACCAUGUG